GCUGCCGCUUCUCACACAGAGCUUAGCUGGGUGAUUUAGAAAAGGGCUCUGCCACCAACCAAAGAACAUCUUGCUAGAUGGAAGAUACUUGUUACACAAACUUUCGGCCAAGGAAAGAUCAACGACGACAUAAACCAAUAUUUCAGUGGCAAGGUAUACAGGCAAGCUCCAGGUGGUACAAAAUCACACUAGGGAUAUUAAGCGCUUGCUGUGUCAUUCUUGGGUCGGGUGUGAUCAUGUUGGGGAUUUUUGUUUUUCAGUGUAGCUUUUGCAAAGAAGAAAUGGUAACAGCCUCAAAUGCCACUGUGUAUGAAGGAAGAAACCAGACAAGCCGCCUGCCAGAGUGUUCUAUCCUUUUUGAAGAUAUCGUUACUCACCUGAAACACAGUUUGUGUGAGUUACCAACAGAGAAUACUGAGUGUAAACUCUGUCCCAUCGAAUGGAAACCAGAAAAGGGAAAGUGCUACUGGUUUUCCAAAGAGACUAAGAACUGGUUUGAGGCCCUUGACUCCUGUUCCAGGAAGAACGCUCACAUGAUUGUGUUCCAGGACCUAGAAGAACUGAACUUCAUCCGGAACAUCAUCCAAGGAAACUAUCGUUUUUGGGUUGGACUUAACUUUACAUCAGCAUGGAAGAACUGGACCUGGAUAGAUGGUUCACUAUUAAAUCAAACAUUGUUUCCAGUAUCUCUCCCAAAGGAUGGACACAGAUGUGGGGUUCUUAAAGUCAAUCAGGUUCUUUCUGAGAUGUGCACUGAUCAGUUUAAAUGGAUCUGUGAGAAGGAUGCUGUUCUAAUUGAACAUACAGCAUUGAAAAGAGGCUUGUUUUAAUACAGCUUUUCCUCAGUCUGGGAGGAUCCAGCUAUAAGGAGUUAAAGUGAAACAGCUUCUUUCAGUUCACAUCUGUGGUCUUCAAGAUUAUCUCUUCACCCUCUCAAUGACAAAGCUUCCCAACAAACAUAUCUGAAUACAGAAGUAUCUACCCAGCUUUUACUUCUUGCCCUUCAAGUUUGAUUUUAUAUAUAAGGCUUUUACAGUUGGUAUAAGGAACGUUCUUAUCUUGCACAAUUAAAUUUGAAUGUACAUUUUAA